UGAAGCUAGACUUCGGGGUCAGAAAGUAUAUGGUCGGAUCCUUACCAACCGGAAUCCUGCAGUAGCGCUCAAUCAUACGCCUUGAGACCGGCGGCAUCUGCACCAGCGGAAGUACUUGGCCAAAUCUUCCAGUGAAUCCAACACGAGUCCGUUGAUAAUCGCCGCACAAAUCGAAUGUUCGCAACUGAUUAUGUCCCGUGCAGUAUCAGAUAUAGAUGCAAGAUGGAUCAGUCUCUAGCGUCUGAAGUCAAGCCGACUCUUGGAGCCAUUCUCAUCUCUCUAGUGUUUAGUGCUAUCUUCUUUGGUGUCACUCUCCUCCAAAUGUACCAGUACUACGACCGUUAUUGGAGCGAUAAAUUGUGGUUGAAGACAUUUGUCGCCGUUAUCGGAAUCUUGGAUACUUUACAGCUUAUGACUGUUGUACACUCAAACUGGUGGUAUUUGGUUGAACAUUACGCCGAUGCCUCAGCACUGUCCAUAGUUCCGUGGAGCCUUGCGACUGAGGUCGCCAUUACCGUCUCGAUUGGACUGUUUGUUCAGUGCUUCUUUGCAUCGCGUGUCUAUCGAUUAAGCCGGAAUUGGGCUGUUACCGUUCCGGUGGUCCUUUUGACAGUCACUCAAUUCAUAUUAGGGAUUUACUACGUUGUAACAGGCCAAAAAACUAAGCUUGCCUCCACAAUUGCGGGCAUAACAUGGGCGUCGACCGCUUCUCUGGCAUGCAGCAUAGCCGCAGAUACUUUGAUAACGACAUCAUUAUGCUUUUAUCUCCAGCGAAGCCGCUCGGGACUUCGAAGAACCGACAAGCUAAUCGACAUUCUCAUAGUAUAUACUGUCAACACGGGCUUGAUCACAACCGUACUGGCUCUCUGCACAAUCAUCCUAUCGGAAGUAUUGGCCAAUACCUACUGGGACUGCAUAACAUACUUCAUGAUUAGUAAAUCCUAUGUUAAUUCAACAUUAGCUACGCUCAAUGCGAGAGACAAACUCCGUGUCGCGGUUCUUGAUACCCCUACCAUCCGUCUUAUUCCGCUCCGGCCACUUGAGCAUGCACGAUCUAUGAGUGACAAGGAGUACGUUGCGCAAUCUCACGCCGAGAUUCAAUUCAUUCCAAAUACGCCUAUCAUCAAGAGCAACUUCACGGAGGGCUUUUCCGUGUAGGUGACGAGCAUAGUAAUGUCUUGGUGUUGCAUUA